AUGUCGUUCAUGUUGGACGGGGACGAGAGUUCCAGCAUACUGAGCAAGGAUCUUGUUGACAGCGUAGUCGCCCUCGAGAAAUCCAUGGCCAAUGCCGCCCCGGACCCAGAGGAUGCCGCUGAUGUCACAAAGUACUAUAAUCCACGUACUCUGAAAGAUACUGAAGCCUACAACUCGGAAAUCUCUAUCACGCACAUCUUGAACACAUUUGCUGGAGGUUACAAGCCCUCGAAGAUCAUUGUUGGCUCGCCGUCUUAUCUAAAGGAACUUUCCAAGAUACUCAAAUCCUCAUCGCGAAACACAAUCAAAACGUAUCUGGUCUGGAAAGUGGUCCAAUCUUGGGCCGGAGCUGUAGAAGACCCAGCCGUACAGCCACUUCUCCGCUUCAGGAACAAGCUGCAAGGCAAAGCUCCUGAUGUCAAGCAAGAGCGUUGGAGAACAUGCGUGAGUACUGUUGGCAACGAUCUCGGUAAGCAACAAGCCCCUUCACUAUGA